UGUCUAUGCUCACGGUCUCACUUGUCUCUGUAUGAAAAUGGGUUCUUUUCCUCCUCAACUUUGCUCCCAUUAAACCACAGCCACAACCAGCUCAAAAACCCCAUAUUUUUUCCUCCAUUAAAGCUUAAAGCUUGAGUUUUUUGAGCUGUUCAGCCAUGGAAGGAACCUCAUUUUCAAAGCUUUUACUUGCAUUUUGCUUAGCUUUGUUCUAUUUGAGUCCUCAGCUUGUUCAAACCAGUGUUACUUAUGAUAAGAAAGCUAUAGUUAUCAAUGGUCAAAGAAGAAUCCUUUUCUCUGGUUCUAUUCAUUAUCCCAGAAGCACACCUGAUAUGUGGGAAGAUCUGAUUCAGAAAGCUAAAGAUGGUGGACUUGAUGUGAUUGAGACUUAUGUUUUUUGGAAUGUCCAUGAACCAUCUCCUGGAAAUUAUAACUUUGAAGGAAGAUAUGACCUUGUGAGAUUCAUAAAAACAGUACAAAAAGCAGGUCUUUAUGCUCAUCUUCGUAUUGGACCUUAUGUUUGUGCUGAAUGGAACUUUGGAGGGUUCCCUGUGUGGUUAAAAUUUGUGCCAGGCAUUAGCUUCAGAACAGAUAAUGAGCCUUUCAAGAGAGCUAUGCAAGGGUUUACCGAGAAGAUUGUUGGACUGAUGAAGAGCCAUAACCUUUUCGAGUCCCAGGGUGGCCCCAUUAUUCUUUCUCAGAUCGAGAAUGAGUAUGGGGCACAAAGUAAAUUGCUAGGGGCUGCUGGUUAUAAUUACGUUACGUGGGCAGCAAAAAUGGCGGUAGAAACAGGAACCGGGGUUCCUUGGGUGAUGUGCAAGGAAGAUGAUGCCCCCGAUCCAGUGAUAAACACAUGCAACGGUUUCUAUUGUGAUGCAUUCCAACCGAAUAAACCGUACAAGCCAACAAUAUGGACCGAAGCAUGGAGUGGAUGGUUCUCGGACUUUGGUGGUCCACUUCAUCAUCGGCCGGCUGAAGAUUUGGCAUUUGCCAUUGCUCGAUUCAUUCAAAAAGGAGGAUCAUUUGUUAAUUAUUACAUGUACCACGGUGGCACCAAUUUUGGUCGUACAGCCGGUGGUCCUUUCAUCACUACCAGUUAUGAUUACGAUGCUCCAGUUGAUGAAUAUGGUUUGAUUAGACAACCGAAGUACGGUCAUCUAAAGGAGCUUCACAAGGCUGUUAAGAUGUGCGAACGAGCUUUAGUUUCAGCUGAUCCCGUUGUCACUUCACUUGGAAACUUCCAACAGGCUCAUACGUACACGUCAGAAUCAGGAGAUUGCGCAGCUUUCCUAUCAAACUAUGAUACUGAAUCUGCCGCGAGAGUGUUAUUUAACAACAUGCACUAUAACUUACCUCCUUGGUCUAUCAGCAUCCUUCCCGAUUGUAGGAAUGUAGUGUUCAAUACGGCCAAGGUUGGAGUUCAGACAUCACAAAUGCAGAUGUUGCCUACGAAUACUAAGAUGCUCUCAUGGGAAACUUAUGAUGAAGAUACUUCCGCAUUAGAUGAUAGCUUAAUGAUAAGUGCUAAUGGUCUACUCGAGCAAAUAAAUGUCACUAGGGACGCAAGUGAUUAUCUAUGGUACAUUACUAGUGUUGACAUCGGUUCAUCUGAAUCAUUCCUUCGCGGAGGAGAACUUCCCACUCUCAUUGUUCAAUCAACAGGUCAUGCAGUACACAUAUUUAUCAAUGGACAGCUUUCAGGUUCUGCCUUCGGAACGAGGGAAAAUAGGAGAUUCACAUUCACCGGGAAGGUCAAUCUGCGUGCAGGAACAAACAAAAUUGCGCUGCUGAGUGUUGCCGUUGGAUUACCGAAUGUAGGUGGCCACUUCGAGACAUGGAACACCGGAAUCCUAGGUCCAGUUGCAUUGCAUGGACUCGACCAAGGAAAACGGGACCUAUCAUGGCAAAAGUGGACAUACCAGGUCGGACUCAAAGGAGAGGCCAUGAAUCUCGACUCACCGAAUGGUAUUUUGUCUCUCGAGUGGAUGGAGGGAUCAUUGGCCGCACAAACACAGCAGCCAUUAAGAUGGCAUAAGGCUUAUUUCGAUGCACCCGAGGGUGACGAGCCGUUGGCUUUGGACAUGGAAAGUAUGGGAAAAGGUCAAAUAUGGAUUAACGGGCAGAGCAUCGGUAGAUAUUGGACCGCAUAUGCUCAUGGUGAUUGCAGUGGCUGUAGUUAUUCUGGAACGUUUCGACCAACGAAAUGUCAGCUCGGUUGUGGCCAACCGACCCAAAAAUGGUACCAUGUUCCUCGGUCUUGGUUGAAACCGACACAAAAUCUAUUAGUUCUAUUUGAGGAGCUCGGAGGAGAUCCCUCGAAAAUCUCACUUGUAAAAAGAUCUGUGUCCACUGUUUGUGCUGAGAUAUCGGAGUACCACCCAAAUAUCAAGAACUGGCAAAUCGAAAGCUACGGAAAAACCGAAGAGUUCCACAGGCCAAAGGUUCAUUUACACUGUAGUCCCGGACAAGCUAUCUCUUCAAUCAAAUUCGCUAGCUUUGGAACUCCUUUAGGAACUUGUGGAAGUUACCAACAAGGCCCGUGCCACGCUCCAACUUCGUAUGACAUCUUAGAGAAGAGGUGUGUCGGGAAGCAACGAUGUGCGGUCACCAUAUCCAAUAGCAACUUCGGGCAUGAUCCAUGCCCAAAUGUAUUAAAACGUCUAUCGGUUGAAGCUGUUUGUGCUCCCAUGACUUCAACAACAGCACAACCGGGUGGUAAUUAAAUCGAAAGGGUGCAAAAUAAUUCCGUAACUUGUGCAUCAAGUAACUAUAAGCAAGAGAAAGAAAAGAAAAUAAAGAGAGUGCAAAGAAUAGGCAUUUAGUUAGGUUAGGUUAGUGCCACAGCUUCUCAAAUGGAGGGCUUUGGCUAAAGCUGUUGUCCAUUGUUGUAGUUGUUUAAGUGGGGUUAUUGACCCCUGUAAAUUAGUGACACUAUAAGAUGGUUAAAGGUUUCGAAAUUCUUGGGGUCGGGUUCGGAUCGGUAGGGUGAAAUUUCUAGCCUGUGCCGCCGGGCUUUUAACCGGAUAUGGGCACCGAAGAAAAUGAUCUUUGUUGGUGUGAUUGAUUGAUUGAUUUCUGUUUGAAUGAGUGGGGGAAAGUUGAACUUCCUAUACAAGGUUCAAGUAUGGCCAUUGUUUUAUGUGUAGUUACUAACUAAAAGUGCCUUGAGGUUCAAGUUUCCAAAGCCA